AUGAAUCUGGACCAGAUGAUAUCUUGUUCUGACUGUCCUCCUCCAGGAACUUUCCUUUGGGGAAUCGAUUCAGAAGAUGAAGCAAUGUUUUACGUGGGAGGGAAAAAGAAUUUUGGGAUUAGCUACCUGAGUCGAGAAAAGCUUGGUGGUCAGGAGAUGUAUCAGUCACUUCUGUCGGAUUGGGAUCUCGAUGCAGCUUUUUUAAAUGCAUCCAAGCCAUUUCUGCAGCUUAAAGUGGACAUCAGGCCUUCAGAAGACAGUCCUUUGCUGGAAGAUUGGGAUAUUAUCAGCCCAAAGGAUGUGAUUGGUACAGACUUGCUGCCUUUGGAACGACGCUCAUUAACUGCUGCUGCACUGCCUUUUACUCAGUCCAUCAUUUCUCAGGUUGGACGAACACUGUCAAAGGUCCAGCAGGUACUGAGCUGGUCGUACACAGAUGAUGUAAAGCCUUUCAAACCACCCCUUAGUGAUGGAGAGUUUCACAGCUAUAUGAAUCAUGAGGGUCAACUGACUCGACCAGAGGAACUCAGAUUACGAAUUUACCACGGUGGUGUAGAGCCUUCACUUCGGAAGGUGGUGUGGCGUUAUCUUUUAAAUGUCUACCCAGAUGGACUCACAGGUCAGGCCCGCAUGGACUACAUGAAACAGAAGACCCGUGAAUAUGACCAGCUGAAAACAGAAUGGCGACAGCGUGUGUCCCUAGAAGAUCUAGAGUUUAUUCGUGGCAAUGUUCUAAAGGAUGUCUUACGAACAGAUAGGACACAUCCCUAUUAUGCAGGAUCAGAGGACAACCCCCAUAUUGUUGCACUGUAUGAUUUGCUGACAACCUAUGCUGUUACACAUCCCCAGAUCUCAUAUUGCCAGGGUAUGAGUGACAUUGCAUCCCCCAUCUUGGCAGUAAUGGACAAUGAGGCCCAUGCUUUUAUUUGUUUCUGUGGGAUUAUGAAACGGCUUGAAGGAAAUUUCAGAGCUGACGGAGAAGUAAUGUCAAUCAAGUUUUCUCAUUUAAAACUCCUCCUGCAGUACUCUGAUCCAGAAUUCUACAGUUACCUUGUUUCAAAAGGGGCAGAUGAUCUUUUCUUCUGUUAUCGCUGGCUACUUUUAGAACUUAAGCGUGAAUUUGCAUUUGAUGAUGCCUUGAGGAUGUUGGAAGUUACCUGGAGUUCGCUUCCACCUGAUCCACCAGAAAAGGAGGUAGAGCUGGUUGGUCCACCUGUCCACGAUGAGGGGAGUUGCCAACAUGUUCGACAAAGGCACAUGUUGCGACCAACUCGAGAAUCUGUUGAACAUGAAAGAAAUAUUGCUGACCUUACACAACAUUCUGUGACUUCAAAAGAUGAGACUGCUAAAUUGAAUCAACCUUGCUCUUUAACAAAACAAACGAGCUUUGGGGAGUUCAAGUACUACAGUGCAAGAGAGAACAGCUUUGAUGAGGAUCCAUCCUUCAACUUUAAUAACAAUAUUCUUGUUAGAUCCCAGCAGUCAACAGAAGAAGAUGAAGAUUACAGUGAGCAAGACCCAUUGAUUAAAGCUCCAUCUCACUUGUCUUCAAAUAUGAAAAAGUCUUCUUCAGCCCCAUCUUUAAAAUCCUCUAUACUUUCUCCACUUCAUUCGAACAUGUCUUCAUUGUCACCUGCUCAUUCUCCUAUCAGUGAUAUGCAGGGAACUCCAUCAGGUAGUAAGCAGGAGGCAACUGAGAAACUGUCCUUACCACCUGCACCUCCACCUCCAACUCCUCUCCAUCAACCUACUUCUCCUCCAAUUGCAUUGUCACUGCCUCCCCCUCAAGAGUUUGGGAAGGGGAACCCUUUUAUGCUUUUCUUGUGUGUUGCCAUACUGCUGGAGCAUCGAGACCACAUAGUGAAGAAUAACAUGGACUAUAACGAGCUAGCUAUGCACUUUGACCGUUUAGUAAGAAAGCACAACCUCAGCAGAGUACUGCACCGUGCCAAAGCUCUCUUUGCAGAAUACCUUCAGUCAGAAAUCUGGGACUCUGAAGAAGGAGAUGAGGCUGCAGCAGCUGCAGACUCUCCUGCAGUCUCCUGACCUCUGGCCAAAGUCAGACAGUACGUUUGACUAAGUAGUUCAAAACUACUUGCAGAUCUGUGCAGUCAAUAACAGAGAAGCCAGAGGGAUUGCAUAGCUUAUAAGUUUCAUGUGAAUACAGAAAAGGCAUUAUGAGUCCCAGUAUUCAUUAAAACAAAGUGGUUUUCAAAAUGAAUUUUAGAGGUCAGAGAGGAAGAUGUCAAGCAGUUUUCCAUGUUUUAGACUGAAAGGUUUGUGUGGAUUUUAAUCCAUAGAAAAAAUCCAUAGUGUUUUUUCAUUUUCUUGGGAAUUACCAGCAGAGGCUUUAAUAAGACCAGUAGACUAACCAUCUAAUUAGGUUCUCUUGCCAAGAGCCCUAAAAUUUCCUGUGACUUUGGUUGUACAGUUUCUGUCCUGUUUCCAUCAUGUAUGUGCUAUUGGUCUUAAUAGGAGGCAGUUUACAAAGCAAACAGUUCAUCUGGUGCAGUCUUUUUAAUUUGCUUACAAUUUCAGUAAAACAUGGGCAUUGUUGUGUAAAGUUUGAAACAUUAGGUUUAUGGUGCUAUGUUUUGUUGUACCUUUUUUUCUCUAAAAAUCAUUGUUUGUGGAGCGCUUUGCUCCUUUGUUGGUUGCGCUCUCCCCACCCUUCCACAGUUUACAGUUUUUAUAUCUGAAGUCGUAACUUACUCUUAUCACUUGAAUCACUACUUCCAAGUCAAAUUUUGCCUUUUUUUUAAUUCUAGAAUGAUUUAUCUUGCCUGUUUUAUUAAUUAGUUGGGCUGGGACACCUUGCGUUCCUAGGUAUAGUUAAUCACCCAGAUAACAACUGCAUCCUAGCAGUUUAGUGUACCACUACAACACUAGUAAACAUUAUUAGAUUAAUAACACGUUUAGAAUGGUUAGCCAAAAAAAAAAAAAAAAAAAAAAAAAAAAAUACUACCACCACAGUGCUUGACAUAUCCUUGUGUUAAUCAGUAUUUUCCAUCAGGUAUAUAAGACAGUAAUAUUUUGUCGUCUUGCAUCCAAAGCAGUUGAUAUCUAUAUUAGUGGAGCAUGAUAAAUUAAAGUGAAGUAAAAUGAAAAUUCCUUUUCUUAGUAGUAAAGGCAAUGCAAGACGAAAAUGGCUACUUGUCUGUAAGACCAAAUAUUUUAACGGGCAUUGAAUUUUACAGGGGAACUAGGAUAUACUUAACUAUAUUUGGAGCAGCAGCAUUUCAGCAUAAUGCUUAAAUAUAGGUACCUUUGGUGUUGAAGACAUGUUUUAAGUUUUUUGACUUUUUAAUUUUAAGUAUUGGUCAUCAACAUUGUACAUUUUGCAGUAAAUGUUUAGAACACUGUUGAAGCUUUAGUCUACAAGCCCAUAGAAUGGAGUGAUGUGUGCACCUUCUGUUUGUAUUUAAACCUAAGGAAAACAAACAGGCUUGAGAGUUCAGCUGUUUGUUCAGCAUUGUAUGGGGCUGCUUGCUUAGUAUUUUUUUAACAUAUAUAUAUAUAUAUAUAUAUAUAUAUAUAUAUAUAUAUAUAUAUAUAUAUAUAUAUUUUUUAGUUUACAGAUCCCUUUAAGUGAAAGUCGUAUUUUAAGACUCUUUCUGCAUGAGUUGAACACUUGGCUGCACUCUUCAUGUGCCAUUUGUCAUGCUUUUUUAAAUGCCAAGAGUCUUCACUUGGUAUGUACCUUCUUUAUCCCACAUAUGGUGUCCCUUUGCAUGGGCUAAGGAGAAAAUGCUUGCAAAGAAUCUCCAAUUCCUUUUAGUUCCUCAUGCAUCUUAAAUUUCUUUGUCUUUUGUGUACUGUUGUAAAGUUCUAGUUUUUUGAUUCCUAAAAACCUUGAUCCUUCUAAACGUGCUUGUAGUUUCCAGAUCAUGACAAGCUCUACCUUUGUCUGGUUCACAUCACAGCAUUAGUGGCAGUCACAGGUGCCACUCCUUCAGUCCUGUAAAGUAUUCGUCAGAAUCCAUAGUUUGUCAGUGAUUUGGGUUGGGGUGAAGGUUUGCUAAACAAAGCUAGAAGGGGCCAAGAAGCUAAGGAACCCAGAGGCCAUGUCUACAUCCCAGUAUGUAUCUGCCUUAGACUUCAUCAUGGAAUCCUUUGUCAUUAGGGUUGUCAUUUUCUAACGAGAGCUUGUAGUACCAUGACUGUUUUUGAUGGGAUAUAUAUUUAAAAAAGGCAGCCUCACAGUACCCUGUUAUUGACAUAACUGAUGUUUAGCAACUGACUCACUCACUAGUGCAAGUUAUUAUGCCGCUGAAUGAGCGUCAGGCCUUUGAGUCCUAAGAAUGCAUCUCAGUCUCAAAACUAUUACAAAAUUAUUCCCUUCUUACUACUUGAGUGGUUGGUUACUUGCUGGCAAAAAUUGAAACCAUUUCUAUAGAUCCUUCCUCACCCACGUUUGAGACUGCUUUUUCUACUCCAGACGAUAGCUUUGACAACUUGUUCAGUGUAUGGCAAAAGUUGGCUGAAUGAGUGUAUGUUUCUUUAGGGAGGUGUGAUGCUGUUGCAAGGUUCUGUACUGACCUGAUAGGCGGUUGUGUCACCCUGUCAUUUACCCAGCUGUUAUUAUGCGUUUGUGUUUUAAUUUGACACCAAGACAUAAAAAUGAAAACGAAAAAUGCAAAACAAAGUAGUAAUGAUUACAGAAAACCAUAAACACUUGUGCUGUCAUCUCACUAAAACAAUACAUUGCAAAAUACUCUACUAGAAUGUAGGAAGCAUGGGCUUUCUGUGGGGGAGACUUUCCCCUUGUAUCCCAAGAAAUGACAUGUACGCUUAUUGGGUCUAUGUCAUAACACUGAAAGUUUAUAACAUUGAAACCCAUAAGGUCAAACCCAUUUCACUGAAAACUCGUAACACUGAAAAGUCUAGAACUGUAUAGAGUUGUAUAGAAUGCAUGUGAUGGUGUCAUUUCUUUAUCGUAGGAGUUAUUAGGGAAUUGAGUCUCGCACAGUGUGUGUGAAUUGCAAUUAUCAGCAUCAUGUUUUACCCCCAGAUCUGCAGAUGUCCGUAUUUGCUCAUAGGCACUGAUUUCACUGUGUGUUUUUUCUUUUCUCCACAGUUGUGCAAUCAUGAAGUUGGUGGGGGAGAGCCCCCCAUAUGGGGGGUUCAGGGGGGCUUACUCCCCUGCAAAAACAUGUUUUAGGAUAUUUUUCUUGCAGAGACUAUUUUAAUGUUUGCGUUUUCAGUGAAAUGGGUUAAACCUUAUGACUUUCAUUAUUAUGACAUAGACCCACACCUACUGUAAGGACAGUCCCAACACAUUUGGGAGGUAUAAUCCCAUACCAAGUAUAUGGUCAACCAUAACUGUAUUGAAUAUUUCUUAGUUCAGUGUGAGCUGUGCUCAUCAGCUAGAUCCACUGCAAUCAGAGACAGCUUUCUGUCUCACCAGACUCCAACUCCAUUUCUCUCCACAAUAACCAUGCAAGAGUUAACCAUUGGGUAAGAGCUUGGCUGAGGCCUUCCCAGUCUCCCUUUAAAUCUUCUGAUGUUGAUGUAAGAUAUAUGUGUAUAUGUAUGUAUAUCUAUAUCUAUCUAUCUAUAUAUAUAUAUAUAUAUAUAUAUAUAUAUAUAUAUAUAUAUACAUUUUUUUACUUCUUACCUGGUAUCUUUGUGCUGUUUCUUAGCAUAGCUCUUGGAAACCUUCACCAAUUUGCCAUUUUCCUUGGGAAGUUGAGUUAGUGGCUGAGGAGGAGUUUGACAAGAGUUCUUUCGGCAUCAUCUUUGGGUAUUUAAUUAUAUGUCCUAUAUGUUUAAUUUCCAGAGUUCCAGAAUUAUAUAAGUCAUAGAAAAAAAUGCCCCCUUCCCAACUCAGAGGAGUGGGAUUCAGUAAAUAGCCCUCAAUACUCUCUAUGGUAGAGAACCCAAAAUGUCUUUAUUAAUGUUAUGCAAAGCCCAUUGUUCCUUUGAUGUUCUGUAAAUUGCCAGGAAUGCAUCUGCUGACAAAUGCUCCUAUAAUAUAGCAUAGCCAAGAUUUCCUCGUUUACAGUGAUUGCUCUAUGGAGUCUGAAUUUCUCAUUGAUGAUGCCCUAGCAGAAGAUCAUUGAAAACCUCAAGAGGGCUUCUACUGCUAAAGAUGAUAUAAUUAAUGCCCUCCCUUUUCCUCCUGUUAAAUAUUUUUCAGUCAUUUUGGAGAAGAAGAAAAAAACAGAAGUUCCUGCACUUUUCUUUGGAUGGCCAGCACUUUCAAGUGGAAGUUGUUGGUGCUUAGAUUUGCUGUUCCACUGACAUCUUUACUAAAGUGCCGUCCUUGAUAGCUGAUUAAUUUCAGCUAUACAGCCUUGUGUUUUCCUACCUGGAUAACUGCCCCCCCCCCCAGUUUCUUUGACGGUGGCAUUUGCCUAAGCUUUGCCUUUGAAGCAGUCACUUUAUACCCCAGUCAUCUAGGGAGAGUUCUGAACCUUCUGCAGAGUCUGGAUUUCUCUCCUGUAGAGAAACCCCAGGAGAACAGAAGGUCUGCAUUCUGAAUUGCAAAGUUUUAAGCUCUUAUUGGGUUGAUAGCAACCAUGUUGAAUGCACCUUCAUAUGUGAAUUGUGCAGUAGGUUGGUUCACUGCCAGUUUCUGUUGCCAUUUCUCAUCUCCUUCAUAUCACAUACCUUUGGCCUUUGCUGUCCCUGCUGAGAUUGGUAGGUUUCAGCCCAUAAUCUGAAUACAAGCUUCUUCAUUCCCAGUGCAAUUCCAUAAUUUACAGUGUUGAAAGGUGGAAACCCACUUUUUUUUCUGUUUUGGUCCAGGACCAUGAGUGUUCUCAACUCCUUAUGUCCUUUCCAAGUCUGGCCAUGCUGAUGAAGUCUGCAACAAAAUGACUGGAAAUAGUAUAGUACCUAAGUAAAGAGUCUUCCUUCCCUCCCUCCUUUUUUGUGCAGAGUAGAGGCCCUGCUUUAUGGCUGAGGACCUGAUUGCAGUUGUGAUAUUUCUGACUAGUUGUCCAUGUCCCAGGAAAUGCCCUGACCUUGCAGUUGCAUGGAAUUACAGUUUCUACCCUCUUAUUCUAUCUUCAGCCUCACAGAGGUCAUAUUCACGCCAUCUUUCAAAAGUUUGGUGCUGCAGGGAAAUGGCUUGUUUUCCUCCCAAGAGAAUGCAGCCCUACCCAUGUUCUUCUUCUUGCAGGGCAGUAAUUACAGACUUUAGAAAUGUUCUUACUAAGUGCGGAAUAGUUCCUUUACAUUUCCACUCUAUGCGUCUUGAAGGUCCACAUAGAAAGGCAAGGGCUCAUUGUCAUCACUUUUUAGUGAGUUAGAAAGGCCUUAUUCAUAGUCCUCUGAAUUGUGUGAUUUCCAGAAGUUGUAUCAGCAUGAGAGCUUGGAGGAGGGAGGAUGUCUGUCAAGUAAACAUGAUCAGUUGUUUUUGUUCUGUCACCAAACCUCUCCAGGGGAAUCUUAGAGGCUGGUAGGAGCUGUCCACUUAGGCUGGCUGGAAAGGAUAGUCAGAAAAGAUUCUCUGAAAUUAGAGAGAGCUUUUUUCUUGCUUUGUAGAUCUCGAUGCGUGCAUGACUUUUCUCAGACAUAUAUUUUGAUGCCACUCCAUUACUGUACCUUAAUUGCAUGUAGUUCAGCCUUACUUAUUACCUGGUAAAAGGCAAGAUUGUGGCAACAAACAGAUUGAUAAAACAGAUUCUGAAGCUGACUCUUCAUUUUCAGCAUAUGUAGAAAAGCUUUCUUUGUCUUGUGACAAGCAUCUUGGCUCCAAGUAAAGAUUUUUUUCUUUCCUUUCCAUAACAACCAUCUGUAUCUGCUUAACACAGCCUGUAUUUUCUAUGCUGUUAUGCAACUUAAUCUGUUAAUUUCCUGUUUUCUUUGACACCUAAAAAUUACAGUGUAUCCACCUCAGUUCACCUUGACACCUUGUACUAAGUGUAUCCACCUCACCUUGGGCGUUGAUCUGUUGUGAUUCUGUCCUUUUUAGUUUCUAAGUCCAUAUGUAUAUGAGCCAGCUCUGACUUCCCUCCCUCAUAGGUAAAAAAGUGUGGCUUUUGUCAGAGUGUAUGUGUGGAUUACCAUUUUUGUAUUGUUUUAUGUCCUCAGCCAACUCAAAAAAGGCCAUGUAUUGUAUGUUUUGAUGCCUUUACUUGCAUCCCUUUUUUUUCAAGCCAUUUAAACCUGUUCUCUGGGAAGACUAUAUUCCAAUGCAGUCUGCUACGAAGUCCUCCUCUUCUCUUCUGGGCAUUUCCAUUCUCUCUAGGCUGUUGUGGGUUUGCCAGUUAUGUCAUUUGUAUUAUAUCCAUUCCUGGAAGCUAUUUAAGUAAGAUAAAACAGGUAUGUGAAUAAAUCACCAUAUCAACUGGACUUUGAGAUGGUGCAUUAAUUCCCUUCAUCCUCCUUGCUUGGUGUAUUCCACCUAUUAUGUGACAGUGUGGACCCUGUAAAUAAACUUCACAUUUUUUGUCACUGUAAACUUGUCACCCAGUAUAUUCUUUCUAACUGCUAGUUCAAGUGGGUAUCAGGAACUGUGAAUCAUGAGGAUUUGUUUUCCCCUAGCUCUGGCAGAGUGAUGUAUUGCUUGGACCAAGGAUGACUACUGUGGCUUGAGAACAUGAGCUCAAGAUUUUAAGAACUGCAAAAGAGGCUUGAAAGAGAGGUGCACCCCAUUUCCCAUCCCACUUCAGAGGGCCAUAUUGAAGAACAGCUGAUAAAGUGUGUCGGUCACAUGUCUUGUCUUGUGGAAGCCAAGAGAUUUUGUGGAUAACAGUUUAACUGCAGAUGUGUCUGUCUGCAGCUUAGUUGUAGCAUAACAUUACUGUUUCCUGGACUCAAGUCUCUGCUUUAAAAGCCUAUGAGGACUAUAUCCUGUGUCACCCAUUAUGUCUUGAGAGACUUAAUUUUAUUUUUGUUUAGUUAUAAUGUGCAAUAUUUUUGAAGCUGGUAAGAUCAUUUUUUGAAAAUUGUAGUAUUGUGAUUAUUUAUACCUAAAAGUUAAUUUUCCUUUUGAAAAGCUACUUUGUGGUUUUACACUAAUAAAGUUAAUUGUUUUGUAUUUGUGAUUUUACUUGAUAUAUUUAGGUUGAGCAAAGUAACAAGAUGUGUCUAAGCAUAGACGAAGUCUGGACUUUGUGGUAUGCUGCUAGAAGUGUGGAAUAUUCUCAGCAGAGCUGAAAUUAACCAUUAAUAAAUUCAAUGUCUGAAUGAUAAUUUAGUACAGUUAAAGAAGAGAAGCAAAUAAUGUUAUUUUAGACCUUUUCAGUAAAACACUUGCCUUAAAUGGUUGCAGUGAGUUCUUAAAAUGACUGAAGUUUCACCAUUAGAUUAUGUAUAUAGGUUAUUUAUGUGAAGUCAUAAAGGUGCAGCAGAUUGAUUUUAAUCUAGCACCCUGGACUUCCGACUCAGUCAUUGUAAGUUUCAAGUGGCAAAUAAAAGGCUAGCGGAACAAAGUGGAUGUGGAACUUUUCCUGAAAAUCAGAAAGCAUGUCUGGGGUGUUUGGUCUGUCUAAAUGGCAAAUGUGUGGGAAUUGUAAAUCAGUGUAAUAUUUUGCAUAAAUUAUCUAGUUUUGCAUUGCAGGGCCUGUUAAUAUAACUAAGUGCAUUUUUGAAAUAUGCUCUGUGGGUCUCAGGAUUAGAAGAGUAUCUCAUCUGUGAACUUCCCAUAGAGUGUCUUCUAAAUUCUUUUCCCUACUUGUAAGGGAAAGCUCAUUAGAACAGGGCAACUUUAGAAUGCAGAUAUAUUUAUUGGGGAAUGUUGCGUAUUUUAGCAACCCUUUUUCUGGUAUUUCUUAGUGUGUGUUAUGUCACCGUGUCAGGCAUCUGAAUGACCCGAGGUUUUUUUUUAAGCAUGAUCAGUACCAAAAUCAAUGCUGCCUGCAGGUACAGUAGGUGUCCACUAAGAAUUACUCUGUACAGUCAGCACUGAGUGAAAGCUUCAGUUUUCAAAACUACAUACUUUAGAGUAGAUUUUCUUCUCACCAGAACAUUUUUAUUUGAAAAUUGGGCCUCAUCUGGACACUUAUGCUAGUGAUGAAUAAAAUACUUCUAUUAA